ACGGCGGCGGAAGGCCGGCGCUGGCUCAGGGCCGGGUGUCGGCGGGGAAGAUGGCGGCAGAGGCGGCGGAUUCGUGGGACGCUGACAGUUUCGAGGUGGUGGAACCGGCGGCCAAGAGGCUGGUGCCGGGAGUGGCCGGAGAUCGCUGGGCCGGCGAGGAUGAGGAGGACGACGUGAAGGAUAACUGGGAUGAUGAGGAGGAAGAGGAGGAAGUAAAGGAGACAGAGAUAAAACAAGAACCAAAAGUCUCAGAAAAGAAGAAAAUAGCAGAAAAAAUAAAAGAAAAAGAAAAGCUACAGAAGAAAAAGCAAGAGGAGCUUAAAAAAAGGUUAGAGGCACCAGAGGAACACAAAGAACUCACCCCAGAAGAACAGUUAGCAGACAAACUCCGGCUAAAGAAGUUGCAAGAGGAGUCAGACCUUGAGUUAGCAAAAGAAACAUUUGGUGUAAAUAACACUUGUGGAAUAGAUGCCAUGAAUCCCUCUUCAAAAGAUGACUUCACGGAAUUUGGCAAACUACUAAAAGAGAAAAUUACACAGUAUGAGAAGUCCUUACACUAUGGCAGCUUCUUGGAAGCCUUAGUGCGAGACGUAUGUAUUUCAUUGGAAGUUGAUGAUUUGAAAAAGAUCACGAAUACUCUGACAGUACUAUGCAGUGAAAAACAAAAACAAGAAAAGCAGAAUAAAGCCAAAAAGAAGAAAAAAGGUGUUGUGCCUGGAGGUGGUUUAAAGGCCACGAUGAAAGAUGACCUGGCUGACUACGGAGGAUACGACGGAGAGUACGUACAAGACUUUGAAGACUUCAUGUGACAUUUAUCUCCCCUUCUGUCAUCUUUCUGUUGCCCAUAAUCCCUUAAACAUGUAGCACAACUUUUCUUCCUUUAAAUUCUGCCAAAUGCUACAAUCACAAUUGCAGUGUCUGUGUGCUGGGGGCAGGGCCCAGCCCAGGCAGCCCCCUGCAUUGCAGGGAAAAGCCAGAGGGGUGGGGAUAGCAGCUGCUGUUCUUCGGCCUCACAGCAGCAGCCCCUCCAUGGGAAAGGCACUUCCACAACAGCAGAGUAUUAUUCCCAGCACAGUUCAGUGACAUGGCCUCAGCUGUACCUGCUGGAGGGACCUUCUGGUGCCCAGCAGCAGUUGGCAGCAAGGCCGUGGGGUGUGCUUAGAGCCGCGGGUGCUUGGCGUGUGUUAGAGCUUGAGCUGUGCAGCAGAGGGGGAAGGGAGGAGGGGCUGGUGUGGGAAAAACAACUUGGGUCUGGAGGGGAAAGUUUAGUCUCAUUCACCUGGAGUUCACCUGGAUUUCUACUAACGCAGCUGUAGGGGUUGGCUCUUCCUUACCAGUUACUUGCCUGGUUUCCGUGUCAAGGAGCAGGUCUGGCUCUGGUCUCCCAGGCUGGGGGAGGGAGGGUGGGUCUGUCACAACUUGGCCAUUUCCUUUCAUUUAAAAAAAAACACCCCAAACUUGCUUAGCAAACUGCCACAGUUACUACAGUUGGGCAAAUUGUUAUGUUAACAAUUAUGACAUCUGCAAUGUUUUAUAAAGCAACUAAUUUAAUAAAAUCACUAUUGAGGACUUCA